AUGGCUUCGCUAGAGGAUCUCCCUUCCGAUCCUAACUACGUUUACUUCAAGUCUGUCGACAGAGUCCAGUGCCGGCCCAUACUGACGGGCGAAAACGCCAAACCAACCUUCGAGUCGAUCCCGACCAUAGACGCUUCCCAGAUCUUUUCAGCAGACCUGGAAGCGCGCAAAAUCCUUGCAGAAGAGAUUGGUCAAGCUGCUAAAGAUGUCGGCUUCUUCUACUUGGUCAACCCGCCAGUCUCCCCCGACAAGAUGGACGCCGCCUUUGAUGCACUGGCGAAGUUCUUUGCUCUUCCGCAUGAUGUGAAGAUGAAAUAUCAUGUCAACAACAGUCCGGCAGCCAAAGGAUUUACUCCGGUCAACCCUGCCGAUAAGAGAAAGGGGUUUGGGGGAGCCCGCGAAGCGUUUGGCAUGGGCAACGACUACACAAAUCCUGAGCAGCAUGCCAUCAAAGUCGCUCCGGCCGGCACGGUUCCUCUGAAUCAGUGGCCUGACGAUGAGCUUCCAGAGUUCCGUCAAAAUGUGUACAGCUACUUUACAGAAGUGUACCUGUUUGCAAAGAAACUGGUCCAAAUAUUUGCGCUGGCGCUGGGACUAGAAGAGACUGCCCUGGACCAAUUUUUCGAAGUGCCUUUCACGGACAUCACAAUCAAUCACUACCCGCCGCAGCCUGAUGAGACCGAGUACAAGCAGGUGCUCUAUCCUCACGCUGACUAUGGAGCUUUCACGUUGCUAGCUCAGCGGAAAAUAGGAGGCCUCGAGGUCCUGAACGCCAAUGCAAUCUGGGUCAAAGUCCCCGUCAUAGAGCAUGCCUUUGUUGUGAAUACAGGCAGCUAUUUCGAGCUGAUUUCCGGCGGUCGGUGGCGCUCAACUAUCCAUCGCGUCUGCGCAAAGGGCAACACUGACCGGACCUCUCUUCCUUUCUUCUUUUCACCAAGCCCUACCACCACCAUAUAUCCCAUGGUUCCCGCCGAGGAUGAAGGGCUCAAAGACCUCCACAGGAACAUUGGCAAGGAGCAUAUCCGGGGCAUGAUGGCCGACAGACCGACUCACCCAUUUGUGAAGAAACUCAAAGCCCUUGGUUUGAGACCGGAUGACUAUACCUACGAAAUGGUGUCGCAGCCUUUAGUUUGA